CACCGUCCAGUCCAGCAUCAUCUGCAUUCUUACCCCCAUACGCCCUUCGGAUUCCUCUCCUCUCCCGCCACCCAUCGCUCAGACAAGAGACGCCCGAAUGGCCUCCACUUUCCUCUCAGUACCACUGCACCCGUCAUCAUCCUUCCCUCUAAUCACUUGUCGAACCACCACCACGAAUUUCGCUUCCCGCACUCCACGAGAACCACCGCCACUGACGUCUGUCUGCCAAAAUCCUAAUCCUGGCUUUACCGCACCGUCCUCCUUAACUUGCUCCCUCCAAUGCCCUCACUUCCAGUCGUGUUCGGGUUGUACACACGAGUACAAUCUCCACCACCCUGCAAUAGUUGACGAGGCCACCGACUUUUUCAAGACUCUCGGCGUUUCCGACUUCACCUUUGAUAGCUGUAGACUGUGGGGAUGGAGAUGCCGCGCAAAACUUGCUGUUCGGGGUUCAUCAACCGAGCCUUUAAUUGGGCUUUAUCAAGAGGGCACUCACAAUAUUGCUGAUAUUCCCGAGUGUAAAGCUCAUCAUCCGCGCAUUAAUGCCGCUGUGGAGCUCCUGAAACAAGGCAUAUCUGAUUUGUGUAUUGAGCCAUAUGACGAAGAUCAGGGAACUGGCGAACUGAGAUAUGUGCAGAUGGCUGUGACUACGUAUGACACAUCUCUUCCUGUCUCACAAAGAUAUCAAAAUGGUAAAGUGCAGGUUGCUUUGGUUUGGAAUUCUAGAAAUGAAAACUCACCUAGUUCAGAAAAAUUGAAUGCUCUGGCAAAUUACCUGUGGAGAAAUGGUGGCAGAAGGACGAAAAUCAAUCUAAUUCAUUCUGUGUGGGCUAACUUUCAAACAUCAACUAAUAAUAUCAUAUUUGGGAAUAGAUGGAGGCAUUUGAUUGGAGACGCAGAAUUCUGGGAACAUGUUGGAGGAAUCGAUGUUUCUUUGGCUCCAUCAAGCUUUGGUCAAGCAAAUACCAAGGCAUUUGAUUCUUUGCUUCGGAAGUUACAGAAGUAUGUCCCUCAUGGCGCAUCAGUGGUUGAUCUUUAUGCAGGAGCCGGUGUUAUCGGAUUAUCUUUGGCUGCAAUGAGGAAGUGUAGGUUAGUAAAAUGUGUUGAGGUUAACAGAGAGUCAAAGAUGUCCUUUGGAAAGACAGUUGAGCGUUUACCAGCCUCUCUGGAUUGCAGCAUCAGCUGGCAUCAAGCAGACACAUCAGUAGAACCUCUUUCUUGGCUUGUGGGAUCAGAGGUGGUUGUAGUUGAUCCUCCCAGGAAAGGGCUAGAACCAUCUUUGGUUGAUGCAUUAAGGACUAUGUCAUCCGUGGAGCUUAAAUCAAAGCUGCCUGAAAGUCCAUCCUUAGAGGCCAAAGAUGAAAAGAGGCCAUGGGUUAUUAGAGCAAGACAACCAUCAGUGCAAUUUAAACUCGGGCCUUUGCAAGAGGAAAGCCACUCGCUGCCUCAAACUCUAAUCUACGUAAGCUGUGGGUGGCAAAGUUUUAAAGAGGAUUGUGCAUCACUUUUGUCUGGAGAGACAUGGCUUUUGGACAAAGCGCAUGGCUUUAAUUUCUUUCCUGGCACACAGAGACAAGGGGAAAGAAGUUGAAUUACUUUCUAGAAAAUCCCAAGCAUUGGAUCUGGUGAGAGGCUAGCAGUGGGAUGUCUUUGCAUGGAUGAAAGGAAGUUACAUGGUGGUUGUUGGAAGCUAUGGGUUCGUGAUUAUUCUGACCCAUUUUUUUUUUUUUUGGCUGUUCCCUUGACCAUACUGGCACUGCCUGCUUAAGAUCAAAUUAGUCUUUGUCAAAUGAUUAUCGGUGGUGUCAUUUGCCAUUGAUCAAAUAGCUGAACGCGAAUAUGAAUUCAUUUAAUAUAUGACGCCUACAGUUCGUACUACUGUACAUGGGGGCUCAGUCUUGUAUCAGUUUUAGGUUGCCAACGAAGUACAUGACGGCCAAAUCUUUGCCUUACUGCUUUGUAACAGAGUUCAUUAUGCCGCAAUAGGCUUCAAGUUAAUGACUCUUUAACAUAACUGUUCUACUUUGCUAUAUUACUUGCUUUGAAGGAGUUCACAG